AUGCGUACCCCCCGCAUCGCCAUCGUCGUCUUCUUUCUCGCUUCGUCCUUCUUCCUCGUCGGCCGCGCCGUCAGCUCCGCCGUUUCCCGAUCUAGUCCCUCGAUACACCGCAGCCCCGCGCAAUCCAGCAAAUCCGACAAGGCAGCGUCGGUAUGGGGCCUGAUAUACUACAACACGCCCUUCUCACUAUUCCCGCCCAACGCCGCCAUCAGCCUCACCGACGACAAUAGCACGUCAUUUGCCGCGCGGCCCGCUGCCUUUGGCCCUCAGCUCGCCCCCAGGGGCUUGAGCGGGCAGCUCUGGGUCGGCAGCGGCUUUACGGAUGACGCCCUCGAUGGCGAGGGCGAGUUGGGUUGCAGCGACCUGCCCGGCUGGGACGGCGGCGGCACCUGGAACUCGCUCAAGAGCUCGACUCUGAGUAGCGCUGGUGCGAGGGAGGACGGUCCAUCCACGUCCGCGCGAAAGCCCAGCCGCCCCGAGCGCGACGGCGGUAGGCUCCUCCUCGACGGAGGUAACCGCGUGUCUUCCUCCAAGCCAUCCAAGGACGGCGCCGUUCAACGCGGCAGCGGCAGCAGCACCGACGACGGCACCGACAACCACCUGAAUCAGGGCUCCGCCACCGGGUCCCCCCAUGCCGAUAUCCAGUCUAUACAGGAGGCGGCCGAGAUCCGAGGCAAGGUUGUCCUGCUGAUGCGUGGUGGCUGCGGCUUCUUGGAGAAGGUCAUGUGGGCCCAGCGCCGCGGCGCCGUGGCCGUCAUUGUCGGCGACAACCAAAAGGGCGGCCCGCUCAUCCAGAUGUUUGCCCACGGCGAUGCCGUUGAUAACGUGACGAUUCCGUCUGUCUUCACUACCCGCACCACGGCCCAGAUACUUUCGUCCCUGACGCAGCCCGGUAGUUUCAUCGAGGACGCGCUGGACGAUGAUGGCAAGCCCGUGCUCAAGGUCCAGCAAGGGCCUAAGCCCAAGACGGGCAGCGGCAGUAGUGGCAACAGCAGGGUCAGGAGGGGCCAGAUCUCAUCCGCCCCGAGAGCUGCCCAGAUGACGGGCUCGGCCUCUUCCCGCAAGCAAAAGAAGGUCCCCUUUCCCGACGCUGACUCCAGCUCCCAGAGCCGCAGCUGGCUAUCCAGGCUAUUUGGCAGCUGGGGGGAGCCGUCGCGCAACCUCGACAAGAACAGCCGACCUCCCAACAGUGGCCGGUUGGACUGGGUCCUAGUCGAGGACUGGGACGUCGACAAGGACCAGGCCACCCAAGCAAGCAUGGGCAGUUCCAGGUCCUCCAAGAAGUCGCCGCCAGACGACGAUAGCUUUGUCAUUGGUGUGCAGGACUGGAGGGACCCGGAUCUGGUCGAUAGGCCUCAGUCGCCCAACCGUCACAGAUACAGCCAGUCUGAGAGCUCUCAGAAGAAAACUCUGGAGCAUCUUGACUCGAAGGCAUCGUCCGGCCGCAGCAGGUUGAAUCUCGGGACGAAUACUAGAAGAUCAUCGUCCAAGGAGCAGCUGGCCCGGGAGGAGGCCGCCAUGCAGGGGACAUCCGCCAACUCUGGUCGCAAGGGCCACGGGCUCGUGGAUUCCGUCUCUGGCAGCGGCAGCGGCAGCGGCAGCUCUACCGACGAGCAGGACGCGGACGAUGCACUGCCGCCUUCUCUGCCAGACGAUGAACACCAUGGCCUCCCGCACGAGGGACUUUGGGUUACCAUCACCCCGACCAGCAGCGCCAGCCCCUUCUUUGACACGCUCCUGGUCCUCGUCAUCAGCCCCCUCGUCACGCUCACCGUCGUCUACGCCCUGCUCAUUGUGCGUGCGCGUAUACGCCGCAGGCAGUGGCGUGCCCCCAAGUCAGUCGUCGACCGCCUCCCCGUGCGGACGUACCAUACCGUUGCCGCCUCGCCGACACCCACCCCCCCCUCGGGGCGCCAGCCCUCGCCCUCGAGCGCGUCACCCACGACUCCCCUGCUACGAAGCAGCAACAGCAGCAGUCGAACUCCCUCGCCGUCCUCUUUCUCACGCCCACGCUCCCGCACGGCCACUGGCGUCCCUGAGAAUGACAACCUCGGCGAAUCGUCGUCGGCCAUCGGUUCGGCGCGGCAGACGUCGCGAGCCCGUCGGGAGAAGGCCAACAGGGGAUUUCCCACCGCGUGGAGGCGGUACAUGAGCCGACAGGUCGAGUGCGUUGUCUGCCUGGAGGAGUAUGUCGACGGUGUGAGUCGCGUCAUGCGUCUACCUUGCGGCCACGAGUUCCAUGUCGACUGCAUUACCCCUUGGCUCACCACCCGCCGUCGCACAUGCCCCAUCUGUAAAGGCGACGUCGUCCGCUCCCUGGCGCACGCGUCCUCCUCGGCAGCAGCCCAGCUCGGCUCUUACCACGAUGACAGCGACGACGACGACUACGACGACGACGAGGCUUCCCAUGCACCCAUGCCAUCGGGCUCGCGGGUCGCAGAGAGCGACCCGUCCGACCUGGAACAGGGCAUCCUCCGGCCGGAACGCCAGGACAGACCGUGGCUGAACCUUUGGCCCAGCCACUUUGGAUCGCAAUCGCGGCAAGGAGAUGGGGGCCACUGA